AUGUACUUGUACAAUUUAACAUUGCAAGGUUCAUCAGCAAUUAAUCAGGCGAUUCAUGGAUCCUUUUGCGGAUUACCAAAACAACAGGAAGUAUGCGUUGCUCGCGGUAAUCUACUUCAAUUAUUGUUUUGUGAUCCAAAAACGGGGAAAAUUCAUGUUUUGUGCAGUCAUAAUACCUUCGGCAUAAUAAGAUCAUUGUUGGCUUUUCGUUUAACUGGUGGAACUAAAGAUUAUAUUGUUGUCGGUUCGGAUGCUGGACGUAUUGUGAUCUUGGAAUAUAAUGCACAAAAAGUAUGCUUCGAAAGAGUUCACCAGGAAACCUUCGGGAAAACUGGAUGUCGUCGAAUUGUUCCGGGACAAUUUCUUGCCGUUGACCCGAAGGGACGUGCUAUCCUAAUUGGUGCCGUAGAGCGUCAGAAAUUGGUAUAUAUUAUGAAUCGGGACGCAUCGGCUAAUUUAACAAUUAGUUCACCGCUGGAAGCACACAAAUCUCAUUGCAUCUGUUACAGUGUCGUUGGUGUAGAUGUUGGAUUCGAAAAUCCUACUUUUGCAUGUUUAGAAGUUGAUUAUGAGGAAGUUGACCACGAUCCUACUGGACAUUUGGCUACCAAAAUUCCACAAACCUUAACUUUUUAUGAAUUGGAUCUCGUGCCUGGUGGACAAGAUGGACCGAGUGGUGUUAUUGUUUGUUGCGAAAAUUACCUUGUUUACAAAAAUUUAGGUGAUCAACCAGACAUCAAAUGUCCAGUACCACGAAGAAGAAACGAAUUGGACGACUGCGAUCGCACCGUCAUCAUUGUGUGUUCUGCAACACAUAAAACAAAACUAAUGUAUUUUUUCUUGGUACAAACCGACCAGGGUGAUAUUUUUAAGGUUACUCUGGAAAGUGAGCAUGAUAUUGUUACCGAACUUAAAAUCAAAUAUUUUGACACAAUACCAGUCUCGAAUGCUAUGUGCAUUUUAAAAACGGGAUUUUUAUUUACUGCAAGUGAAUUCGGAAAUCAUCAUUUAUAUCAGAUAGCACAUUUGGGUGAUGAAGAUGAUGAGCCUGAAUUUUCAUCUCGAAUGCAGUUGGAGGAAGGUGAAACAUUCUUCUUCGCUCCUCGUGGACUUACAAAUUUGGCAGUUGUGGACCAGAUGGAUAGCCUAUCACCGCUUAUUUCUUCUUACAUUGACGAUUUGGCUAAUGAAGAUUCUCCUCAAAUUUACACGUUGGUUGGACGUGGCCCACUUUCUGCAGUCAAAGUGCUGCGCAAUGGUUUAGAAGUAACGGAAAUGGCUGUUUCUGAAUUGCCUGGUAAUCCGAAUGCUGUUUGGACUGUUAAACGAAACAUCGAUGAUAAAUUUGAUUCUCAUAUCGUUGUAUCCUUCGUUAAUGCAACACUAGUCCUAUCUAUUGGUGAAACUGUCGAAGAAGUUACGGAUUCUGGUUUUCUUGGUACAACACCGACUCUUGGUUGUGCACUUAUUGGCGAUGAUGCUCUGUUGCAGGUGUAUCCAGAUGGUAUUCGACACAUUAGGGCUGACCGGCGAGUAAAUGAAUGGAAAGCACCGGGGAAACGUACAAUUAUGAAAUGUGCUUUAAAUCGAAGGCAGGUAGCAAUCGCACUUGCUGGUGGUGAACUCGUCUACUUUGAACUUGACACUGGGCAACUCAACGAGUACACCGAACGACGUGAAUUACCUGCGGAUGUCCUGUGCAUGAGCUUAAGUGAAAUUCCUGAAGGAGAGCUACGGUCACGUUUCCUUACUGUAGGUUUAGCUGACAAAACAGUACGAAUUAUAUCCCUGGAUCCACAGGACUGUCUUUCGCCGCUUAGCAUGCAAGCGCUGCCAUCGGAACCGGAAUCAAUUAUUGUUUUGGAAAUGUUUGGCACUGAGACACAAAGUGCGUCAACUGUUCAUUUGAAUAUUGGUUUACAGAAUGGAUGUUUGCUGCGAACCACUGUCGAUCAGGUUACGGGUGAGCUAACCGAUAACAGAACUCGUUAUCUGGGGACAAAAAGUGUAAAGUUGUUCCGUGUGAGGAUACAAAGUAAAGAUGCGAUUAUGGCUGCGUCAUCUCGAGCUUGGCUUUUGUAUGAUUACCAAAGCAGAUUUCAUCUAACUCCUCUUUCCUAUGCAGCUCUGGAAUAUGCAGCAGGCUUUUCAUCGGAACAGUGUCCAGAAGGGAUUGUAGCUAUCGCAGAAAAUACAUUGAGGAUUUUGUCGCUUGAAAAGCUGGGAGCCGUUUUUAACCAUGUUGUAUAUCCACUGGAUUAUACACCUCGCCGUAUGGUGGUGCAUAAGGCAUCCGGAAAUCUGAUUAUAAUCGAAAAUGAUCAUGCUGCUUUCACGGUAAAAGGAAAAAUGGAACGUCGGAAACAGCUCGCUGAUGAACUGAUGGAGGUAGCAAAGGAGGCAGAAGAAGCAGAUCAACAAGCAGUGAAAGAAAUGGCUGAUGCAAUUCGUACGGAAAAAAUUGAUGAAAGAGUUUAUGGAUCACCAAAAAAUCAGAAAGGCAAAUGGGCGUCAGCAGUUCGAGUUAUGCGCAGUAACGACGGUGAAACACUUUCACACUUUCCAUUCGCUGAAGAUGAAGCUGCGUUUGCGAUAGCAAUGGUGCAAUUUCAAAAUCAAAGUGACACACAAUUUGUGCUAGUUGGUUGUGGUUGUGAAUUACAACUGAAACCGAGAAAGGCGAACGGAGGAUGCAUUUAUACCUUCCUUUUGGCAGCUAAUGGCACCACACUUCAGCUGCUGCAUAGAACGUCAACCGAUGAAGUCGUCAAUUCCAUUCAUGAUUUUCGUGGAAUGGCGUUAGCCGGAGUAGGGAAAAAAGUACGGCUGUACGAUCUUGGCAAGAGGAAAUUGCUUGCUAAAUGUGAAAACAGGAAGCGAGCUAUGGUAUUCGUCUUCGGCGAUUAA